CACUGAUAAUAAUUCAGAAGAAUCAGAGAGUUGAAGUUAAUUUGCAGAUUGCAGUUGCACAGUUGCGCGGAUUAUUUAGGAUAUGUAAAAUGUGCAAUGGAGGAAAUCAGUCAUAAAAUUUGUGUAAAGAAAAAUCUAAUCAGAGAAAAUGGAAUAUCCCCAUUAACUGCAACGACAGCAUCUCCGGAUGCCUCGAGUACCACUAGCGACACACCGACACCACCGAAUGGAAUUCAUGACAAAAACUGGGUUUCUCGUUACCAGAGUAUCGGUGUAUGCGAAGAACAACGCCAGUUAUUGGGAACAGAAGAAGAAUCAUCUGAUAAACACAGCAGCGAUGGUGAAGUGGAAGCUACAGAUGUAUGGUCGAUGACCGAUGAACAACACGAAUACUAUGAAACGCAGUUUAAAAAUCUACAAUCUGAUGUAAAUGGCUUAAUCAACGGAAAAGAUGCUAGAGCUUAUUUUGAAAAAUCCAAACUACCUGUAGAAGAUUUAAGAAAAAUAUGGCAGCUUUCUGAUAUUACAAAAGAUGGAGCUUUGUCACUACCAGAGUUCAAAAUCGCCAUGCAUUUGGUAGUUUUAAAGCGUAAUAAUAUUCAAUUGCCGGAUACCUUACCGCAAUCUCUAGUCGCUACAAUACCUGUUACCUUCCCAUCUCCCUCUAUAAGUAAUACGGGUUCUUUACCUUCUCCUCAAUCGAAAGGCAAAGAGUGGACAAAAUUCGCUGACUCUCCUACUAGUACAUUAUCUUCUCCUGGUCCCAAACCAGUGAAUUUUGAUUUUCAAAGACCCUCCAUAGAACAAAAUCCAAAAAUUCUACAUCCUGUUGCCGUGCGUGCAACUCCAGUGCCAGAUCAUUCGGUAGAAGAAUUGAAAAAUGAUCUUAAAAAAGUAACAGUGACUGAUGCCAGCUCAGAUACUGUUCCUAUUAAACCUAUUCAGCGGCCUCAACCAAAGAAACACACAGCGCCAGGUCCUGGAGCUAUCCCUCCACCGCCUCAACCUAAUGCUGAGGAAUGUAUAAACUCAUCAGGCCCAACAAGCUUACCAGUAAUUACGGCCUCUAAAAAAGAACCACCUCCUCCUCCACCACCAAGACCUACUAAAACUCAUUUUCGAAGCUCUUCUCUUGAUCUCAAUACAUUAGGAAAAGUUAUAAAUACUGCGCCGUCAAUCCCACCUCGUGUGUCGCCUCACAUGAAUUCUCCUAAAUGUGCCGAAGGUCAAUUAAAUAGUAAUACCCAGUUCGCAGAUUUUUCACAGUGUUCAUAUCAUGGUGCAUUUCAAGUUUACAAAAGAACUGAAACAAAACAUAAUCAAGAACCAUCAAUGUCGGAUAAACAAAUUAGUGUGCCUGAAAUCUGCUUAGAAGAAAAAAAUCGAUACUUACGAAAAGUAUGCCAUGAUUUACAAGAAGAAUUAAGUAGUUUACGAAAAGAACGUGUCGCUUUAGAAAUCAAGCUUGAAAAAUUACAUUCGCGAUCCCCGGUACUUGUACAUUCCCCGUAAUAUAUCUAUGUUUCAUAUUACGAUUUUAUAUUCGCUCCAAGCCUAUUUAUUUUACACUUGCCACGCUUUUUUAAAAAUGUAUUUUAAUUUUAAAUUAAUACGUGAUUAGCCUUUAUUUCAAACAAAAUUUAUUAAUCACAUGUUUUUCUGUGAUAUUCAGAUAGUCUAUGAACAUUCGUGUAUUUAAACUAUUGUUAUUCAUCCACCAAGUGUGUACAUUUCUAAACAACUGAAAUGCUAUAUGUAUAAUAAUUAGAUAUUUAUUCACAUUUUACACGCUUCGAAGAUCAAUUACCUACGUACAUGGAUGAAGUUCACCUCAUUUCAGCUGUCUUCCUCACUGAAAUUCGUCAUGAAUCAGUAUUUAAACGUCUACCUAUUUUUCCUCAUUGUGACUUAAGAAAAAAAUAAUCAUUUUCCUACGGUAUGUCUGUUUCUACUGAAAUUUUCAGUUUUAGAUAAUUUUGCUUAUAAACUAGUCGCUGAGCUGACUACAGAAUGAAGUUUUUUGUCGGUUUGAAAACUGCGUUUUGCUUUUGUAUCGUUGAGGUAGAUUAUUUCGUAGCUGGAACUGUUUUUAUUCAUUUUUUUUACUGUAAUUGUUUCACUUUUACUACGUACUAUUGUCAAUAGUGUAAUAAAUAUAUGUAUUUCGUAUCAUACA